UGAUACAUCGUGUCGGCAGUCUGUUUGCAAGGAUAUAUAGAUAUUAGUAUCUGGCAGUGUUUGAGAUACAGCUUGCUUGUGUGCGUUUGUCUGUUUUGUUGAUACAACUGUUUUAUAUCGCAAAGAGCUCUCUCUACCGUCGACAGUCAACAAAAAAGUCUCCUUGAUCCAGCCAAGCUCAGGAACACUCCACCACACACCACCAAAACAAUGUCACAAGAAGCUUCAUCAGUAAGUGCCCAGGCGCUUCCGAUACCAGGAACAAUAAGGCGAGCAGGCGUCAGCAGUCGAACAAACAAACCGGUCCCACCACCGCCCGCUCCACCACCAGGAAGACGUGCAAUCGGCAGCAGCAGUAACGCUAUCGCGAUCGACUCGGGACUGGCUGCAUAUGGAAAUCCUUCACAGACGUUGUAUAUAAAUAACCUGAACGACAAGAUUCAGAAAGAUGAACUGAAAUUGUGUCUGUACACGCUGUUUGCGACGUACGGCACAAUUCUCGACGUCGUUGCAGUCAAAACACCGAAAAUGCGCGGACAGGCUCACGUAGUGUUUGCAAGUGUACCAAGUGCCACGGCAGCGCUGCGAAGCUUACAGGGAUUCUCGUUUUUGGGCAAAGAGAUGCACAUUGCGUUUGCCAAGUCAAAAUCUAAUGUAGUUGCACGGAACGAUGGCACGUUCAACUCUUCACAGGCGCUGUUACAGCAAACAACCGCAGCAGCAGCAGCAGCUGUUGAUGAGGAUGUACCUAUGUACGCUGCACCGGCUGACGACGACGACGAAGAUAAGGAAGAAGAAGAGGUGAAGCAGGGGACCAAGAGAAGCCGGGAAAACGAUAGCGACGAGGAAUAGAGUGAAUGUAUUUAUACGGAGAUGUACGAUAGAGCACAGAAAAUGUUUAGCAAUCUAUAAGGAAGCAGCUUCAAUGAUGACUACAGCAAUCCUACACCAAGCACACUGCCAAUGAUUCCAAACCACACGACGAGAUAC